UGCCAACCAGUGGCGAUUGUUCUUUGGCCUAGGCAAGGCUCAGCGCUACAUAAGCGAGAGAGUAUCAGUAAAGAUAACAUUCAUGUAUGUUAAAUGCGAAAGAUCGUUAUUAGUGAAAAUGUGAACAGGAUUCUGACAAUUUUCAAAUGGAAUAACAAUUUUUCCUCACAGAAAAUCUGAUGUAUGUAGCCUACAUGCACUAAACGGAUAUCCGACUUUUCACUGCCAAAAUAUUACUACGCCUCAUAACUUAGGAAAGCCAACGUACUUUUGCAGAAGUUAUAAGCUUCAUUUUUAACAAUGAACUUAACGGAAAAAUAAAAAAACACUCAUUUUUAUUCAACUUUGUCUGAAUUCUUGCCCUUAUUUCGUUUUCUUGAGAGAUAUUGUUUGUUUGGAACUACUUUCAAACUGUCUUGCUGGAAGGUGCCGCCAUAGUUUACUGUGGCCGGUUGUGUGGAUUAAAAUGUAAUCUAAUGGAAAUGUUUUGCAAGUGAUUUCACUGGAUUAUUACUAAACAGUUCGAUACUAAUUGGAUAUAAUUUCUACAUCCUAAAUAUAUCUAGAUUCUAUUUUAUUUUAUUCCAUUUAAUUUUGUUUAAAUGGAUUGGUCUUUGAGAUCAGAACUCUACGGGCUGAACUUGAUGUCUUUCAUUUUAAUGGAUUCCCAGCAGCCUGUGCAGGUGUUAGACCAAAUGUUAUUAGAUCUAGAUAGUUUUAUGACUAAUUUUAUGUUCUAAGAGUCCAAAUAUAUAGACUCUAAAUCUAGAUCUAGUCUCACCUAGGAUACAAAUAAAGAUCUAGACUAGAAUCUUCAUUCUUGAUUCUACAAACAAGUGAACAGUCUAGGGCUAGGGAGUCUGAGCAGAGGCUUGAGUGUUAUCAUCAUGUCAUUUUUGUUGACCUUUUUUACUGUUCCAUUUUCUGGAUUUUAAUAGGAGAACCAUGUGAAAACAUUUUUGUGUGAAUUCAGUCCAUCAAUAUUUAAGGGUGAAAAAAAAGGCAUUUUUUCCCCCUAUGAUUGAUUUUGAAUGUCUUUAUCUGUGGCAGAGGGUGGUUUAAUAAAGACAAAGUGUAUUGGAGAUUACAAUGAAUAAAACUUUUGUAAAGAAGGCUGUGAAUGGCGAUGUACCUGACGAACGUAAGACGUCUCCGUCACGUUCUAAAUACCCCAUUGCCCAUCGCCUUGGUCAACAUCAAGAUGUGGACUUGGGCAAUAAAAUCAAAAAGACUGAAAAAGCUAAAAUAACUGAGGUUAUUGAUAAAAAUAAAAAACAAUUUGCAAACGAACAGUUAAACGAAGUGAUAGAGCACUCAAGCUCAAAUCACCUUCAUCGAAAUAAUACACCAAAGAAAUGCAAUUCUGAGAGUAUUUCUCUUAAUAUAGAUAACACAGAGUUGGAAUUACAUUCCAGCAAAAAGACAGUUGGAAAACCAAACUAUAAACUUAAUCCUUCACUAGGUUGUAAUUCUGUUCCUUCCAAGAGUGUUUCAUCUAUAUCUGCCAGCAAUGAAGACAUUUCUCAACAUACUGCUCAUAAGGACAUUAAAGUAGGGUCUGGAAAUAAAUCUAGUUGUAAUUUAGAUAGCAAUUCAUCUGGAAAAUCUAUUAAGAAAAAUCAUAAUUCUAGAUCCCCCCGUAGAAAGGUAGAUACGCCUAAAAGAACUAUGCAAAAUAAUAAAAGUGAUUUACAAGCUGAGACUAGUAAGGAUACAUCACAUGUGCAUGUAACUGAGGCAUUGCCAUCUGUUGAAAAAAAUGUGGAUAGUAAAUUGAAUAAUGCACAUCCGCAAACAAUUCCUACUGUGAAUAACCAGCCUGAUCCUAAUGCUGUGAUAAAAGAAAAUCCUGUAAAAAAUAAGGGAGAAAAUGCAAUAGAAGCAAAGGUGGACAGUGUGCAAGAUGAGGAGGAUGAUACUGAUAAACCAAAAAGAACAACUUCUGUGACGUCUGCUGUGGCUAAGAAUGAAGCAGACCAAGAGCAUGAUUUAAAAAACAGAAAGAAAGAUGAUGACAUUAAGCAGUCUCGAAUGUCUCCUGACCACCGCUUUAUGAAGCUGGAUGAAGAAGUUGGCAGAGGGUCAUUCAAAACUGUCCACAAAGGCUUAGAAAUAGACACAGGUGUUCAUGUUGCGUGGUGUGAAUUACAGGACAAACGGUGGAGCAAAAGUGACAGGAAAAGAUUUAAGGAAGAAGCAGAAAUGCUAAAAGAGCUGCAACAUCCAAAUAUCUUGAGAUUUUUUGACUACUGGGAAGAAGAAGGUCCCCAUAGGCAAAAAAUUAUUGUACUUAUUACAGAACUGAUGACUUCAGGUACACUUAAAACGUACCUUGGUCGCUUCAAGAAACUUAAUUUAAAGGUAUUAAAGAACUGGUGUAGACAGAUACUUAAAGGCUUACAAUACCUUCACACAAGGACACCACCAAUCAUUCAUAGAGAUUUAAAAUGUGAUAACAUAUUCAUCACUGGCACAACAGGCUCAGUCAAAAUUGGUGAUAUGGGGCUAGCUACGUUGAAGAGUAAUUCCUUUGCAAAAAGUGUUAUAGGUACUCCUGAGUUUAUGGCACCAGAAAUGUAUGAAGAGCAUUAUGAUGAAGCUGUUGAUGUCUAUGCUUUUGGAAUGUGCAUGUUGGAAAUGGCAUCGUCAGAAUAUCCAUAUAAAGAAUGCCACAACCCUGGUCAGAUUUAUCGCAAAGUGACAACUGGUGUUCAUCCAGAAGCACUAGAUAAAGUGAGAGAUCCAGAAAUUCACAGUAUUAUUGAAGGUUGCAUACAAACGAAAAAGGAAGAUAGGUUGACAGUGAAAGAACUCCUUGCUCAUGACUUCUUCUUAGAAGAUACCGGUUUGUUAGUUGAACUUGUCAGAAAUGAAGAUGAAAUGGAAGAUACACAGGUGAUAUCUUUGCGCUUACGUGUGGUAGAUCCAAAGAAAAGAAGAGACACUCACAAAGAAAAUGAAGCGAUACAAUUUGACUUUGAUCUAGGCCAGGAUCAGGCUGAGAAUAUUGCUUCUGAGCUGGUCAAUUCUGGAUUUCUUUUGGAAGAUGAUAAAAGAAUUGUUGCUAAACAAAUUCGAGACAGGAUAGCACAGGUUAGGAAAAGCAGAGAAAAGCCUCAAAGUGAGACUGUUCAGCAACAAAACUCAACAGAGCAGCAGUCAGGUUUAAUCCCACAGACACCUCAGCCAGCUCAAGGCCAAAUGUCAACUCAGCCACAGUCACAACAAGCAGUCUCUCAGCAACAAUCACAACAGGUAUCACAUCCUCAACUAGCGACUGAUGAAGUUUGCCAAAGCUUCAUACAGCAGAAAGCUCUGUCUGGACUUUUGGCUUCUCACUCCCAAAGUAUUGUCCUGAAUUCACAAGUACAAGUAGUAAAUUCUCAGUGUAUAAUUUCUCCUCCCAUAACAAUCCAGCCCAAUAUUCCAACAUACCAAAGUCUCAGUCUGGGUCAUAAAGUUCAUUUUGUGCCUCUCAGUGAUGGGCAAGGUACUGAAAUCAAUAAAUUGGCAGUAAAUGAAACUUCGGUUUUCCAACGGCCUGGCUUGACACCAACUGCUAUUCCUCCUGGACAGCUUGUUAGUGUGAAUAGCAUGAAUGCUCAAGGUGUUAUUACUAGCUCUACUCAAAAUGUGGCUGAUCACUGCUCUACUCCUACUGCAUCAUUUGCAGUCCAACAAGUUGCUAACCCAUUAACCAAGGAUAUGGUUGUUUCACAGGGUAUUAUAAUGAAUGCUGUGAACCCUUCAACAAUUCAGGUGUCUUUGAAUCAGUCUGUGGCAGGAAGUUUGCAACAGAUACCUCUACAGUCUGGUGGAACUAACUUUACACCCAUAGUUAAUCAAGCGACUGCCCAGGGAUCUCCAACACCCACUCAUCCUCAUAAUCAAGUGGAUGAACACUAUGCCAAUGAAAAGAUUCUAGACACUGGCUCUUGUUUAAGUGAUAUCAAUAUUACACAAAGUGGUUCACAGGUAUCAACAACCUCUUCUACUAGUAAUGCUGCAGCCCUAGGAGACAAUGGAACUAAUCAGCUGAAAGUUAAAUGCAGAUUGAGAGAAAAGGCUGCAAAUUUAAGUCACCUUGAUAUGAAUGCUGCUCAACACUAUCAACAACAGAAUCAAGUAGGAAACACCCUCAUUUCUAGUGCAUCUAGCAUUCAGCCAACAGCUACUCAUAGCGCCAGUGGGUUAACUACGAGUUUGUCAGCUUGCUACCUCAAUGAUGAAUCUUCUCAUUCAAACAGAGAUAGUGAGACAGAGCUGGGUCAAGAAAAGACUAAGAAGAAGAGUCGACGUCGUAAAAAGACCCUGGACAAACAUCCCCCUAAAGUGACAAUCAUCUCUUAUGACGAGGCUUCUGAUGAAGUGGAAGUGCUGCUUGAAGUUGCUAACAACAAUCUGACGUGCAAGUUUCCUCGCAGCUCUAUUCCAAGACCAGAGGAAGUUGAGGAAGAUUUGCUACCUGAUGUCAGUAAAGCUCAGAUUGAUGGGGUGACAGGGUUGCUUCAUCAGGUCAUUCAAAUUGUAACAAUAGAGGGAGUCAAGUCAGUGGGUCAAGUUCUCACACUCUCCCCUUCUUCCAGCCCAAAGACAAUGCGAACAUAUAAAAUUAGUAUUGAGAAUAAGAAGGCUAUGGCAGAAGGAAGCGAAGGACUAGAUCUAAGAGCGCAUCCUGUUAAAGGUGGUCUGGUAGUCACUUACAUGUCCAAUAAUGAAAUCGAGGAUGAAUUGGAGGAAGCAACAACAUCUCCAGAAAAUAAUCCUGAGUAUAAUAUUCAGACUGGGGGAGUACCACAUGAUAUGGAACAAAAAUCUUGGAAGUCUACUACUACCAAAGAGAGUGUACCUAUCAAUAUUGACGAAUUAUCAGAAAAGCUCAAAUCUAUUUACCCACAGAAACAAUGUGGUGGUCAGACAGUUGAAGGAUCUCAUCCAGUCAAGAUAGAUACUGCUUCAGCUCCAACACAACUGGCUCCUCAGUCACAACCUGUAAACUUACAACAGGCCCCACUGCAGUCUGGGAUACCUCCACAUACUGUUAAUGUGUCUCAAACUAAUGCUUCUGCUCAACCUGUAGGUGUCCCUCAAGCAACAAUUCAGUCUGGAUUGACACAGGCAAAUAUUUUGGCCACACAACCUUUGGGUGUGUCACAAGUACCAAUUCAGCCAGGAGUUUCCCAAACAAUAUCACAGUCACAACCUGUUAGUGCAUUAUCACAUCCUGUUAGUGCAUCUCAAACAACAAAUCAGCCUGGACUUCCUCAGACAAUGAUGCACCAGUCUCUACCAGUUCAGAACCAGCCUGCAUUGCCUCAGGGUAGUUUACCAACUCAACCAGUGGCUGUGGCACAAGCUGUACCUCAAUCAGUCGGUUUUUCUCAAGUACCCAUUCAGCCAGGGGUGCCCCAGGCAAAUGUUCCAGUAGCACAAGCUGUGAGUGUGGCAUCAGCAUCUAUUCAUCCUGGAUUACCACAUGUUGCUUUACCUGCCCAGAUGUCUGCACAAUCUGGAACUUCCCAGGCUCCUUUAAUUACACAAGCUAUGGUGUCCCAAGCACCAAUACUUGUAUCAGCCCAGAAUGUGGGACUUGCCCAUGCACCACAACUCAGUUCUGGUAUUACAGCUGCUCCAUUACCUUUAUCUACACAACCCAUUCUUGUUCCUGGCCUGCCUUCUCAACCUGUUGUUAUGCCCACUCAGCCCAAUAUCCCACUACCUGUUCAAAAUAUUGCAGUACCCCAAACACCUCUAUCAGUCCAACCUGUGGUGUCGCAGGUACCUUUACAUCAGAUGUCACAGCCUGUUAGUGGCUCGCUACCUGCACCUCUUCAAAUGCCUUCCCAGACUCAGCCUGUACCACUUUCUCAAGUCCCUAGCUCUCAAACUUCACAAGUUCACCAGUUACCUCAAUCACAACCAGUUGUUCACUCUUAUCAAAUUAACAAUCAGAUAUCAUCUCAGAAUGUAGUUCCAGCAAGCCAAACUCAGCAGGUUGUUGCUGAUGUAAUUAAACCUCAGAUAGAAACACAAAUCUCUCCUCGCCCAAUAGCUGGGACACAGCAACCAUUACCUUCACAACAAAUCCAAUACACAGCUACGUCUCAUCUGCCAGUAGUGCAAGAAAUUCAAAAAGAAGUUGGUCAGCAUGUACCAACCUCAUCAAUGACUCAAAAUGUCCCAGUUCAAGAUUCUUCCAAAGCAGGAGGCUUGCCUCCUAAUUACACCCCUCAGCCAAGUCAUAUUGCCUAUGGAAUGCAUCAGCACCAUCCAUCUUCCCAGAUUCAACAGAUGCAACAAUUUUACAAUAUGAUGCAACACAUGGUGCACAUACCACCUUACAGUUACCAUCCUCCAAGUUAUUAUGCUCACAUGUCUCCAUAUAUGCAACACAUGAUGCAGAUGUCCCACAUUAUGCAUCAGUUGCAACAGCAACAGCACACUCAACAUUCUCUUCCUGUCCAUCUGUCCUAUCCUCCUUACUCCCAUUAUUAUGCUUUGGGGUAUCCUGCUUUUCCAAUGCAGCCUCAGUCUUCCUCACAUCCCUUAGACAACACUACUGCAGCAUCCCCUCCUAGAUCCCCAACAUCUUCUAGAAGAAAUUUAGCCCAGGAUAUUACUAGCCAAUCUCCUUAUACUUCUAUUGAAAAUUUAAAUGCCAUUGGAAGAACCAAAGCAGAUAUCAACAUAUUGGAACAGGCAUUGGCAAAAACCAUGAGUAGACAAAAUGCUGGGCAUGCACAUCCACCCAAUCCUUCUCCUGUCAACAGUGGUACCAACCUUCCAGAUUUGCCCAAUGACAUUAAACAUGCUGAACCAGUAGCAGAAGUGACAGAGAUAAAAGCAAAAAGUGAGGAGAAAUCCAUGACUGAAAAAGGUACACUCUCAGAACCUGUGCCUUCCAUACCUACAGAGACACAAUCAGAACCUGAUUUGUCUGCACCCAAAGUAAAAGCUGUUUCAAGGUUUAAAGUGGAAGUGGUGAAAGAUGAUCCUUUACUAUCUGAUAAAAGUGAUGAGAGCAAGUCUGUUUCUCUUAAGAGAGAGGAUUCAGUAGCUGAUGCAGACGACAAGAAAAAUAUUGAGAAAAGAGGCAGAUUUCAAGUGACAAAGAUUGCAGCAGAACCAGCAUGUUCCACUUCUUCUGAGCAAACAUCAGCAGAUGCCACUCCCUCAGCUUCUAUUAAUACUAAUCCCACAACAGAACAGUCCACUGAUAAGCAUGAGCCCACUGACAAUAAUUCUGUUACUACUAAUUAUAAUACUGUUGGUGGCGGGGCUUCAGAUGAUGACAAACCAGCUAAUCAGGCUAAUGAAAGAGGUGCUGUUGUGGAGUCUAAAAUUAAUCCUGAGAAGAUUAAACAAGAGUUUGCAACUUUAGAUUUGGAUUCUGAUUAUCAAGCACUUUUGAAUAGGCACAUUGAAGAGAAAAGAGAUUUUUUGAUCAAAAAAGGCUAUGACCAAGAAGUAAUAGAUUUUGAAAUCAUUAAAAUUCGUCAGCCUCAUCCUUUGCUUUCAAGUGCAGUUGGUUCACCAGCUUUCUUAGGCGUAUCUCCACCAUUCACAACACAGGCAUCAGCAUCUCCUGUUCCAUUAUUUCACAAUUAUGAUGGAUGUUCUGAGGUUGAUGCUUCACCACUAAAUAAGUCACCACUUCACUUGGAUGCAAAUAUGCGACCGAAAUCUGCCACUUUUGUUGAUUUUCCAAAACUAAUGGAAUUGAUGCAGUCCACGACACCUCAGCAAAAAGCUGAGUUAAAAAAAGUAGAGGAGCAAAAACAGGAUACAGAAACUAAAUGGGAAACUAAUUAUGAUAGUGUGGAUUCCAGUGGCUUAAGUAACAUAACCAGUGAAUAUACAGAGGUAGCACAGGAAAGCUCUGCUACCCAAAGCCGUAAAUCAAGUCUUGAUAUGUCUGCUUCUCAAGUGAACUAUACAGAAAUCAUCAGAAACUAUCCAUUUCCUUCUAAUGUAAGCCAGUCCCAAAUGCCAUGUACAAAUUUCCAGCAGGGCAAUCCAGCUAGUUUUCAAGUCCAGCAGUCAUCUCAUCAGUCACAAAUGCCCUCCCAUACCUUUAAUCCAUUUUACACUAAUCAAUAUGGCUUUAGUCCAUUUAACACUUACCAAGCAUUCCCAAUGCCUACAUCAAGUCAACAAGCAGGCCAGCAAGCUGCAUUUCAAGCUGGCCAGCAAGCUGCUUAUCAAGCCAGUGUAAAUACAGCAUUCUCUCAAUUUAUGGGCAACAGUACCCCUUUUCUGAUGUCACAAGGACUUCCGCCUCAGCAAACCAUGACAGACAACAUCCGCGUGAGUGCCUCUAAUAAGUCAGCCUCAGGAGCAGCUGCGAAUAGCAGCCCCCAGGUUUCAUCACUCACAAGUAACCAACUCAUGGCCUCAGUGGUUUCAGGAGCAUCUUCCCAUGCAGUUUCAUCUGCUGGUGCACCCCAAGGACUUUCUAGUACUAACACAGUUCCAAAUACAGCUACACCACAUCAGUCUGGAUUAUCGGGGUAAUGUGGUGAAUUUCACCGCAAGUCUUUCAUACUUUUGAACAUUCAUCUUGCCUUUGGCUUCAUUUAAUUUAAUUUGUGUUUUAACUAUUUAUUCUUAAGAAAGCUCUCUCUUUCAAAUUAAAUGUUCAUAAAUGAUGACUUGUCUUUCUGAAACAUUUUGAUCUUGGAAUUUUUCUUGUGUCAAAUAAAUAUUUUGGUCAUUUGUUUGCUUGACUCUGUGCUUGCUGACAAGCUGAUACAUGGAAGUUGGCUGUGAAUAAGACUUAGGUGGUGUUGUAACCAUCCAGUAGCUGCUUUCUGUAAGUUCUAACAGUAUUAGGGCAGUUAUUCAACAAACAGCCUUUGAAUAAAAUUGUCAUGUCAUGAGAUUUGCUUUGUUAACAGGAACAAUCAAUUGUCUGAUAUUUGUACAGGAUCAAAUUUUAUUUAUUAGCAAUAUUGCCAAGAUCAAUGCACUUCACUUAAACAGUGGUAGAAAACCAAAAGUCCAUCAUUUGUGUCUAUAAAGUUUUUGUUUUGCUUUGAUUUUCGUUUUGUCUUGAAAGUUGUCAUUGUGAGAGUUGAGUGGGCUAUCUACUCAAGAUAUGUUUAUUGCCUUGCAUUUAAACAUAGCCAGUUCAUUCCAAAGUUAACUUUUGUCAUGAUCUAUUAUCAGGAUGAGGUGUGAAUGCAUUGUUUGCUUCCAUUGCUGUGAUGUAGUUGGGCAGUAUUUGACCUUUGGUAUACAAAUCUUGUAGCAAUCUUCAUAGACCAUUGAAACAAACAAAUAAUACCUAGUAUUAUGUUGUCCCCCAACAUUGUCAUUAUUUAUUGAUCAUAACUGACAAAAUAAUAAAUCCAGUUUUUUUGUUUGUUCUCAUUUUCAUUUUUGACCAAAAGUACUUACUGAUUUAUUAACAGAAGAAUGAAUAUUUUCUGAUUCAAUUCCUUUGAUGCAAUCAUUUGACAUUAAGGUUCUGGGUUAGAAAACAAAAAAAUUAUAGCAUUGAGUUUAUUAAAAUUUACAGUUAAGUACAAAUUAUUAUUGCAAAUACUAAUACAGGUUUCCUGUACUGACUUAAAAAAUUAAACAUUUAGCAGAAAAAUGUUAUAAAAUAAAAAACUUAAUGUAAAAUGUACAAUCUAAGUUAUGAGUAUGAUUCCAGCAAGAUUUAAUUUUUGAUAAAUUGAAAGUUUCAGUCAUGUUGCUAGACAACUUUGUUUAUAGUGGCCUUUUUCAAAACUAGGCUUGCUUUUCAAUUGAGUUGGAUUUUAUCACUAUCAAUGAGAUCAAUUUGACAGUUCAGCUGGGAGAUCCCAUCAAAUCAUUUUUUUUUUUUUAACUUUUCCUUUUCAAAUUCAUUUUUAAGGGUUACUUAACAUGAUAGUUUAAAGGGAGAGUUGUAUAAAGUCAAAUCAAAAUUUGAUUAUUCUAGUCAUCUCUGCAUCAAUGGAUAUGUUAAUUCCCGUUUGAACAGAACUAUUUACUAUAAAGGCUUGUUUUUGUUUUUCCUUAAAUUGUAUGAAUAUGCAUGUUUAAAAUAUCAGACUCUGGUUCAUUAAUUAACCAAAAUUCAGAUAGUAUGAAUAUUUUAUAAAUAUGUAUUUACUGGACCAAUGCCAAAUGCAAGUAUUCUUAUUUUCAAACAGAAUAAUGAUUGGUUGAACCUGAGAUGUUGGUUUGCUGUCCUAUUGAUAUUUAUUGUACACACUUAUUGCAUUCUAAGAAGUAUUAGGUCAUGGCAAUAGAGGAUCAUUAUUUCUAACCAGGUUUUUGUGUGUGCGCAUUAAGAAGAAAUGGUUGUACAUUAGAUCAUUAACAUUAUUUUGUCCUUGAUUUCUUUUAGAGUAGGUGCUGAAUGGAAACUCAUUGAAUUUUGUAAGAUAUAUUUUUGUCUUAAUCUCUGUCAGUUACUUUUAAAACCAUGAUUUUGUGCCUUGCUAUUUUUCAAAUUUUGACUAGGCCUGAUCCAAGUAUCCCUGGCCACAUUGAUAAAUAACAAAGUGUUUUUUUUUGUUGUUGUUGUUUUUUUUCCUCCCUCUUUUUUUCUUCUGGAACCAAAUGUUAGCCAUUCUAAUGUAUCAUGGUUUGAGACAAGCUGUGCAUGUUAAUUACAUCAUUUACAAAUUUAGCUUCAAGUUGAAGGUUGUGGUUUAAUCUUGUCCAAUAUUUUGUGCUCAGAACAUUUCAACCAAUUGCCCUGUGGCAAUACUUUGGCUCCCUCCUUUGUAUGUGUGUAUGAUAGAACAACCAAUUGGUGUGCUUAGCUCACUGCUUCAAAUAGUUCCUUUCCCCUGGCCCAAGUCUUCAGGUCAGGUUGUGUGUUUGUCCAGUGGUUGGGGGAGGGGUAAGGUUGCUGUGUGGCCCAUUAGCCUUAAGACCAUUUACACAACUAUAUCUAAGAUAAUUGUGAUACAAUUAAACAAAUUUGUCUUGUGUGAAACUAACCCUCUUGAUCAACAGACCUAAUAUGUAGUGCAUAUUAUCCUUUUGUUCCAUUGCAACAUAAGUUUAGUUGUCUUAUGUCUCUUAAGUUUAUAAAGCUGAAUCAUUGUUAAGGUUCUCUUUGUCUUUAAAUUUAUGCACUCUAAAGAAAAGUUUCACUAUUCAAAUAUGCAUGCCAAAAAAAAAAGAGCAUUCUAGUUGUAUCUUUAGUUUGAAGUAUCUGAUUUAUGUAGUAAGUGUGUCAUUUAUAAUCAGAGUGCUUAUACAAACAAAAAAAACUAUGUAAAACAACACUAAGGAAAGACUAAGGUACUGCAAGUAGGUCAUAGGUUACUGCUUUGCUCAAUCAUUAAAUGUAUUAUUAUUGAAUGUUGGGAUUUCAAUGCAAUGCACAAUAAAGUAUGCUAUUCAAUUUGUUGACAAA